GAGCUCCACCACCAUUCCCCUCCCCCCUCACUCCCGCAGGACCCUAGCCGCCGCCGCCGCCGCCGCCCCCCACCAGCCGGGCUUCUUCUCCUCCUCCCCGACCCCGGGUUCCUUCUCUGCCUCGGCGACCCAAAGUCACUGUUUCCGGCAGGUUGUCAAAAAAAAAAAAAAUCCUUCUCGGAGAUGGAAUACAGCUCAGACGACGAUUCGGAUAUCAGCGACUCCGAGAUCGACGAGUACGAAGGCAAGAUUAACGCCCGUCUGAUUUCAGGAGACUUAAAGUUCAGGAAUGGCGAUAGCUACGGUUGCCCAUUCUGCACUGGCAAGAAGAACAAAGGUUACAACAUGCAGAGCCUUCUUCAGCAUUCCUCGGGGGUAGGCGCAGCGCCUAAUCGGCCGGCAAAAGAUAAAGCGUCGCACCGCGCCCUCGCCAAGCAUUUGAAGAAUGACGUUGCUAAACCUUCUGAGCCACAGCAACAGCAGCCGCAGCAGAUUGUUGUGGAGCCGCAGCCUCUUCCAAACAGACAUGAGAAGUUUGUGUGGCCCUGGAUGGGUGUUCUAGUUAAUGUACCUACUGAAUGGAAGGACGGGCGUCAGGUUGGAGAAAGUGGUACUCGUUUGAAGGGGGAGCUGUCGCAAUUUUGCCCGCUGAAGGUUAUUCCUCUAUGGAAUUUCCGAGGCCAUACAGGGAAUGCUAUUGUUGAGUUUGCAAAAGACUGGAAUGGUUUCAGAAAUGCACUUGCAUUUGAACAGUACUUUGAGGCAGGCGGCUGUGGCAGAAGGGACUGGAAGCAAAACCAGAAUCAGGGGUCAAAGCUUUUUGGAUGGGUUGCAAGGGCUGAAGACUACAAUCUUUCGGGGCUAAUCGGGGACCACUUAAGGAAAAAUGCUGACUUGAAAACUAUCGAUGACCUUGAGAAUGAAGGAACACGCAAAAAUAAUAAACUUGUAGCUAAUUUGGCUAACCAAAUUGAGGUCAAGAAUAAGUAUUUAGAGGAGCUUGAACUUAGAUACAAUGAGACAACUGCGUCACUUGAGAAGAUGAUGGGGCAAAGGGAACAACGUCUCCAAGCGUAUAAUGAAGAAAUUCGGAAGAUGCAGCAGCUAGCUCGCAGACAUUCUGAAAGAAUUAUUGAUGAGAACCAAAAUCUGCGUUCGGAACUGGAGUCCAAGAUGAGUGAACUUAAUGAAAGAUCCAAAGAGCUUGAUGACCUUUCUGCAAAAAGUUCUCAUGACAGAAGUAAUCUUGAGCAGGAGAAGCAGAAGAAUGCUAUUAAAUCAAACCAUCUUAAGUUGGCAACAGUGGAACAACAGAGAGCUAAUGAGGAUGUGGUGAAGCUUGUGAGAGAUCAGAAGAGAGAGAAAGUUGCUGCAUUAAACAAGAUCCUGGAGUUAGAACAGCAGUUGGAGGCAAAACAGACGCUUGAACUGGAAAUACAGCAGCUGAAGGGCAAAUUGGAAGUGAUGAAGCAUAUGCCAGGUCAUGAAGAUUCAGAGGCGAAGGAUAAAAUCAAUCAACUUAGUGAGGAGCUGCAAGAUAAGAUGGAUGAACUGGAUGCUAUGGAGUCACUUAACCAAACUCUGGUUAUUAAAGAAAGCAAAAGCAAUACUGAGAUGCAAGAAGCUCGGAAGGAGCUGGAAAAUGGCUUGCUUAAUCUUCCAGGCGGCGGAGCACAUAUAGGAAUUAAGAGAAUGGGCGAGCUUGAUCUGAAAGCAUUUUCAAAUGCUCUCGGACAGAAGUUGUCGAAAGAGGAAGCAGAAGUUACUGCUGCCAUUCUUUGUUCAAAGUGGGAAGCUGAAAUUAGGAAUCCAGAAUGGCACCCUUUUAGGACUGUCAUGGUUGACGGAAAGGAAGUGGAGAAAAUCGAUGCUGAUGACACUAAGCUUCAAGAAUUAAAAGAUGAGCAUGGCCAAGAAAUCUAUUCGUUGGUGACCAAGGCGCUGCGUGAGUACAACGCCAAUAGCACCAGGUAUCCCGUAGGAGAGCUGUGGAACUUCAGAGAAGAACGGAAGGCGUCUCUCAAGGAAGCCGUUCAGGUGGUCCUGAGGCAGUGGCGAACCACCAGGAGGAAGCGUUGAUUGAGCCCAACCAAUGUCGAUUCUUUCCUCCUCGUAUGGACAUCGACAUUAGCGGUGUGGUUUGAUAAAAUCUCUAGUGGCUAUGUACGCCCAUGUUGGAUAUAAGUUGAAUAAUAAAUAAUCCUGUUGUUUCAGUAGUAGUAGCAUUAGUGAAGUAUCUAUCCAUCUGUGUAAACAAGCUUGAAUAAAGACUUGGAGUAGUAUCAGCACCUGCAAGCACGCUAUCAACCCGAUCAUCGGUGUCUGUUGGUAAGCGCCGCUGUAUGCUUUGUUUCUGAGUUGCUGAUAGUAAUUCAGAGGAGUGUUUGUUUGUUGCCUGAA